UAUUUCCAAAUAAUGAAGAAAAUGAAUUAGCAAAAAAAUUAAUUGGAAAAGUUGGCGGAACAACUACUGUUCUACAUACUCCAAUUACACGGAAAAAUUACUCUGCUACUAAUAAAAAUAAUAAGAAUCUGCGUGUUAAUGAUAAUAUUUUGAAGAGAGUAGCAGAUACAUAUCAAGAUACAUUUGAAGACAUAUCAGAAAGUGAUUCUAAGAUGAAUAAGUACAUUUUAUGUGUGGAUGAUAAUUCUAUUAGUCUAGAGAACACAUUACGACAAGUUUCAAAACUUGGUUAUUCAACAAUUUCUGCAACUAAUGGCCUAGAAGCAGUCACAUUGAUUGAUUCAAAAUCUUCGUGUUCAUUCUUUACAGAUAUAGAUCAGAUAAAGUCUCAUAAAAUUUCAUUAAUUUUAACAGAAUAUAAUUUACCAAUGAUGUCAGGCUUUGAGGCAUCACAAGCAAUUAGGGCAAUGAAGCCACCAAUUUCAAGUAUACCAAUCAUUGUUCUAACGGCAUUACCAGUAGAUGAGAUACGAAACAGAUGUAUCAAAUCAGGAAUAAAUGAUUAUCUUGCAAAGCCUUUGAAAAUUGAAGAACUCGAAAAGGUUCUAACUAAAUGGAUUAGUAAAAAUUAA